AACAAAGGAACAGCGGCGCUUCCGGAUUCACGUCGGGAGGAAAUAUGAUGUGAAUAUCAGAGAGGGGUACCCGCGCCCGUCAUGAUUUAGCAGCUGUUCCAUUCAUUUGCACUCGCUGAAUGAACAGUGUUGACGUCCAACCUGCGCCGUUUGUCGACGCUUUAUGAGAGGAAGCUCCAGCUUCCAGUGCAGCCAUGCCCGUCUCCCUGCUAUGGGCGGUGGACGUGUACGGGCGGGUCUACAGCCUGUCCACGGCGGGGCAGCAGUGGGAGCAGUGUCGAGACGCCCAGAUGGAGUUCAAGCGGGUGACGGCGGCUCAGCAGUGCUGCUGGGGCAUCGGCUGUGACAACAGCAUCCACCUGAACGUCCACGCUUCUGACCUACCGGUCCGCUACCAGGAAGAGACCUACGAGAACCAGAGAUGGAACCCUGUUGAUGGUUUCUCUGAGCGGCUGUUGCCAAGCGACCGCUGGCAGUGGAGUGAUGUCACAGGUUUGCAACAUCAGCCGCUGGACGACUUCCUGCUCUCCUCCAGUAGCUGGGAGUGGGAGGGCGACUGGUACGUGGAUGAAAACUUUGAGGGAGAACCCACAGAGAAAGGAGGGUGGAGCUACGCCAUCGACUUUCCUGCUACAUACACCAAAGACAAGAAGUGGAAUUCCUGCGUCCGUCGAAGGCGAUGGCUCCGCUACAGGAGGUACAAAGCCAUGGACACCUGGGCCAAGAUCCCCUCACAGCAGACGUCUCUACCAGAUCCCUUCAGCGACAUCAGCUGUGGAGGCUGGGAGAUCACUGAGGAGCCCGGAGGACGGCUGUCACUGUGGGCCGUGUCCCUGCAGGGCAAGGUUUGGUUCAGAGAGGGAAUCUGUCACCACAACCCUGAAGGCUCCUCGUGGGAGGAGGUUCCUCUCCCUGGGGAGGUGGUCCAGAUCAGCUGUGGCCCGGGAGAUCUGGUCUGGGCGGUGCUGUGGGAGGGGCAGCUUAUUGUCAGGGAAGGCAUCGGCAGAGACUGUCCCAAAGGUGCCUCCUGGGUGCUGGUGGAUUCUCCUAGUCCAGAUUUUGGUGCCAUUCAUGUAGCUGUGGGAGUCAAUGUUGUUUGGGCUUUAACCAAGGAUAACAAAGUUUGGUUCAGACGUGGUGUGAACUCCCACAACCCCUGUGGCUCAGGCUGGAUCAACAUGGUGGGAGAAAUGAUCAUGAUCAACGUCGGACUUAACGAUCAGGUGUUUGCUAUCAACUUUGAAGAUCGGGCAGUGUACUUCAGACAAGGUGUGACCUCUAGUGAACUGAGUGGGAAAACCUGGAAGUCCAUCAGCGUCCCCCGAGAUGGAGACCGAUCACACUCCAGUGCGAGCGCAAGCAGCCUGCAGAGUGCUGGAUGCUAUUUCUGUGGUGAGGUUCAGGCUCAGUCAGCAGCAAGCGAUGUGGAAUCAGACGCAGACAAAGCAUCCACAGAUGGAGCCAACUGCCUUGUCACGUCCACCAGCCCAGAGGCCUUUGUCGAAGCCCCCACAGACCAGCCUACAGAGACCCCCAAACCUCACAUCCCCAAAGUCACUAGCGACAGCUUCAUCUCUGAACUCGUCUCUGACCGAGAACCAGGAAAGAGCUCCAGAGAGACCGCUCCAGCUGUUUUAGAGGAGGAGACCAUCACUGAAGAGGGAGAGGUCAAAGCCCCCUCUGAUGAUGUAGCUGUGUCCUCCAAUCAAUCAGGAGCUCCUCUUGACUCCCAGUGGAGUAAUGUGGAUCUGGAGGAGGCGCAGGGUCAGCAGGCUCAGACCGGUGCAGUGCUUGACACAGCUGACACAUGCAGCCUGUCAUCAGUGGCCACAUAUACUCUGGCCAUGGAGGACCCGUAUGGGGCAGACGAGCACCCUCUGUGGGCGUGGGUCAGUGGAGGAGGGUGCUCUGUGGACAGUCACUCCCAACUCAGCUGGUUCAACUACCCCAUGAACGCUUCCUCAUUGGUCCAGUCCGUCCACUCCAUGAGUCUGUCUGUCACGCCAGCACAGACAGCUGCCUGGAAGAAACAAAUCUUUGAGCAACUCAAUGAGAGGACCAAAAGAGAGAUGGAUAACUUCAGGCAUUAUGAACAAGCUAUAGAACAGUCCGUGUGGAUGAAGAAAGGAACCAUGCAGUGGUGGAGAGAUUGGAAGCCACACAAGUGGACGGAUGUUCAUUUUGCCCUGGAGCAGUUCUCAGGACCAGAGGGCAACAAGGAUGGCAUCCUUUUCAUCUAUUACAACUUCUACGAGGAGAAGAAGUACCUGCAUGCUUUCAUCAACGAGGUCACCAUCCUGGUUCCUGUGCUGAAUGACUACAAACACACUUUUGCCAUCUACACUCCUGAGCGGACCAAACAGAGGUGGCCAAUCAGAGUGGCUGCAGCUACAGAGCUAGAAAUGCAUGACUGGCUUGCAUUGUUGAGUGUGUCGUGCUGUGACUCCAGAGGGAUCCAGGGUCCCCCCUCAAGACAGGCCAUCUGGUCCAUCACCUGUAAAGGGGACAUAUUUGUCAGUGAGCCCUCUCCUGCUCUGGAGGCCAUGCCUUACCCCACACCCUGUGACCAGAUGUUCUGGAGGCAGGUCGGAGGUCACCUCCGUAUGAUCGAGUGUAACAGUGUUGGCAUCGUGUGGGGGAUUGGCUACGACCACACGGCCUGGGUCUACACCGGGGGCUACGGAGGAGGAUUCUUCCAGGGCCUGGCCAGCAGCACAGACAACAUUUACACCCAGGUGGAUGUUAAGAGUGUUUACAUCUACGAAAACCAGAGAUGGAACCCUGUCACUGGCUACACCAACAGAGGGCUUCCUACAGACCGCUACAUGUGGAGCGACGCAUCCGGACUGCAUGAGUGCACAAAAACAAAUACAAAACCUCCCUCUCCUCAGUGGACUUGGGUGUCUGAGUGGGCCAUAGACUACAGUGUCUCUGGGGGAACAAACAGAGAAGGCUGGCAGUUUGCAGCUGAUUUUCCAGCGUCGUAUCACGGCUAUAAAACGAUGAAGGACUUUGUGCGUCGCAGGCGAUGGGCCAGGAAGUGCAAACUGGCCACCACUGGACCCUGGCAAGAAAUCCCCCCCAUACCACUGAGCGAUGUGACCAUCCUGCCGUGUGCAGCUCAGAGCAGCGUGGACGUGGUUCCUCUGUGGGCGAUCAGCAACAAGGGAGAUGUGCUCUGCAGACUGGGAGUCACCGCUCUGACACCUGCUGGAUCCUCAUGGCUCCACGUAGGAACCGACCAGCCUUUCAAGUCCAUCUCCAUCGGGGCAGCCAGCCAAGUUUGGGCCAUUGCCAGGGACGGUUCGGCUUUCCACAGAGGAUCAGUCUCUUCACAAAGCCCAGCAGGAGACUGCUGGUACCACAUUCCCUCCCCGGCAAAACAGAAGCUGAAGCAGGUAUCUGUGGGGAGAACCUCUGUCUACACAGUGGAUGAAAAUGGUAACCUGUGGUACCGGCAAGGUGUGACGCCCAGCUACCCUCAGGGCUCCUCCUGGGAACACAUUUCUAAUAAUGUACGCAAGGUCUCUGUGGGGCCUCUCAACCAGGUGUGGAUCAUAGCAGACAAAGUGCAGGGCAGUCGCAGUCUGAGUUGUGGAACAGUGUGUCAUCGACUCGGAGUCCAACCAAUGGAGGCCAAAGGACAGUCAUGGGACUACGGCAUCGGGGGCGGUUGGGAUCACAUCACAGUCAGAGGGAACUCCAUGGAGCCGCCCCGUCUUCCCUCUCUAACGGAGCCCUCACCCCAACCAUCGAGCCCCCUCCCUCUCAGGAACACAGAGGUCAACAGUGAUGCUGUGGGAUGCUAAAAACAGACGCACAUUCACACAAGUGCACACCUCCUGUACAAAUCAAAUCUGAAACCACUAUACCUUUGUUGUAUUUUUAGUUUAAAGUCACAUCAUUGUCUAACACUGGAGUCUCAGCACAGCCGGUAGUCUUUAUAUCACAGCAGUCAGUGUAACAGAAAAAAGUGACUUUUGAACAUCAGUGCUAAAUGCAAAGCUAAUGCUGCCUCCUUCUCCUUGAAGACAACCUCUUAUCUUUUGACCUGAGUGUAUUUCAUUUCACCAACCAUUCAUCGCCUCUGUGUUGGCUUUGUUCUCAAUUUUUUUUUCUGUUGUUAUUUUCUAAAGGGAAAAUCACUGGCAUGCUUCCAGCUCCGGGGCUGGUGUUGUAUACAUAGUAACAGAGAAGUUUCACCGUAGCCUGCAGGCAAUAGGCUAACGAAUAUUACCCACAGAGCAAAACACAAAUACUCUGGAAACAGAAGAAAAAAUGGAGACUGGAUCAAACAGGCAGGACAAUGUUUAAUUCAGUCUGCACUGACUACGUUUUAUUGCCUUUUUUCAUAUUCGUGUAGGUUUCCAAGAGGACUUAACCACCAAAAUUAGGCUCAUUGUGUACCACAGUUAUACGAACCAUUUUAUCCCUGAACAUCCAAUUUAGGGUAAAGUGGUGACAACUGUUGUGAUGGGCUGAAAGUAACAUAGUUGUGAUCUGCUGUCAAUCAAGGAAAAAAGUCUUAAUCCAUUACAGUGGUACUACUGUUAUAUGGAGUCAAGCUCCUGUGAGGUACUUUAGUUUGUGUCCAUUUUGGCACCCCAUGUGGACAAAGUGGUCUUUGCUGAUUCGGUCCUGUACAUGUGUAAUUAGUGUUUCUUCACAGAAGUUUAAUCCUGCUCUCUUAAACUGUCAAAUAGAACACUUAUAGCGAUACAAAGGCUAGGUAUUCUCUACAAUCCAUCCUUGGACAUUUUAACGAUCAAGCAUCAGUUACUUGUUGUAGAAAAUAAAACUUCCUGUGACAAAAACGAUACUAGAUACUUUUCCCCCUAAAUCAUACAGCUUUAUUUUCUGAUGCAUCAUAACGAAUGUAACUGACAGUAAAUGCAGCUACAGAACACGGAGGCAUAGGCUACAUAUUGUUUGACACAUAUCAAUAUUAACAAUGCCAACAGGCGAAGCAGUCUCAUACAAGUUAACAGACAUAUAUAUGAGAGAAGCUCAACCUGGAAUUGCUGCAACAAGAGAAUUGAACAGAAAAAUGCAGUCUCUCAGACGCACAAUGUCAAGUUUUCUGCCUACUUGGUCUCACUGAAAAACAAGCAUGUUCACAUGUUCAAGUGUCAGUCAGGAGCGCAAUCAGGUCAUUAUCAGUUUCAGUCCAGCAGCAGAAAAUACAGCUCAGAAGGCACUGAUGUUACUGGUAUGCAGAAACACUGGCUGCUUUAUAUUCAAAGAUGAGGUUAUGUCCCAUAAAAGUGUCUCAACCUCUGCCUGUCAUUAGCUGUGGGUGUUGUGUCCCCAAAAAGGAGAGCCCAGGACUCCUUCAGCUUGUUAGUUCACAUUGAAACAUACUUUUAAUGACACCUCUCUGAUAGCUGAAUGUAAUAUUAGUACUCAAUUGAUUGUUAACAUCCCUGACCACAAAUCCAGAAUCCUUACUGUUGAACAUGUGAUAAAAGGCUGUUUCAACAGCGUCAAUCACUCUGACGCUUCCCCCCCAUCAGUGGUUUCAGACCAUAGACUGUAUAAAAUAUGAACGUAGGAUCCGUUACAUCACCCAUCUGUUUCUGAAGAGCUGUUUUGAGGCCAGUUGGCGGCGGCAGCCAUAUUGCUGCUGUCGAGCUAUUGUGACGUAAAGAGGCGGGCUUUGAGCCUUCUAGCCAACAGCUACAGUGUUCCCGCAGGCAGCUGUGCCUCUCAUUGGAAGACUCGUAAUCUCAAUAUCUUCGAAAUUGCCGCGUUAGAAAAAAAUUCACCACCCCUACAGUGUGAGCCGAUCGAGAAAUGAGCUAUCCAGACUACACUCGUCUUUUGUACCAGGCUGUAAACAUGUUUAAUUCUGCUGUAAAGGUCGGCUUUUUCCCAUUCAUGUGUAUGUGACUUCCGGUACUUCCGGAGCCAGCCUCAAGUGGAUCCUCGAUGAACUGCAGUUUUUAACACUUCUGCAUAGGAGUCAUAUUCUUAAACCGGAGGUUGCCGCUUGUUUCAGACACAAAAAUAACUAUUUAUAGAGUCACUCUUCUUGUUAAUAGCUUUGUUUGUUUUUUAUAUUCAUAAAGACACAUAAAUAAUCAUUUCAAUCUGUUUCACAACAGCUAAAGAAACCCUCACAGGAGCUUUAAUUGAGAGAAGUUGGAAGUAAUCCCUUUGACAUCUGACUUUUCACUCAUACCACUGCAUCACUUACUACACUGGCUUCAUUCAUCUGUGGUGGUUGCUGCGAGCUUUGUACCAACAGCUGAGUGAUGUUUUAUAAAGAUUUUAAUGUUGUUUUCCAAAAUGAUGUGAUCGUUAUGAUACUUUGUUCAUGGUGGAAGAAAGUGCAAUGAUUGGUGAUGUAAAGAAGGGGAAGAGUGAAUUACGUGUAGAUGUCUUGUGGUCAAAACGAUCAAACUGAACCUUCCUCUUUUCUCAGGAGAAUGUUUGCAUGCCGUCUACUUCCUUUGUACUGAUGUCGAGCAGAAAACACUGACAAUGCUGUAUUUGUAAAAUAGCUGUACAUCUGUAAAAUAAAAGUAUUAUAUAGUAUGUAUAGUGGAAAUAUAUUAAUGUAAGGUAAUGUUUUUGACACAUUAGCUUUCUGUUAAGACUUGACGAGUAAAACUCACUGAUGAAAUGCAUCAUCUGUGGCAUAACUUUAUAUUUACUGCCGCCUAAACUCCCUCACAUUAUAAAGUACUGUCUGAACAUGAAGCAGCCUGGAAAUGUUGAGAGUAAAGAGAUGGGCCUGUAGUAUCUGUGACUAUUCUUUUAACAUCGUGGAGUACAUUUCUAACAUGUUGUGCAUGAUCAAAAUAACAGUCCUUGUCAAUAAAUAAAUGAGUUUAUUGAUAACAAA